UUUCUUUUGAAAAUGUCAUGGCCAAAUGCAGAGACUAAACAAGAAGUUGAUUUGGGAGAAAACAUUUUGAAAUCAUUUUCUCCUCUUUUACCAAACACACCAUCGAUGCUAUAUUUCGCUCUGCUUUUCUCGCAGUGAUUUCAAAACAAUGGCUUCCACUCCCCGAACACGCCCUAAGCACAAAACUUCCUCCUCUUCUUCUCGCCAUUCUACAUCUUCCAUUCAUAUUCCUCUAGAACCUUCCUCAAAUUUAUUCCCUGCCUCUAUCUCGGAGUUUUCAAGGCUCAUCGCCGUCGUCGCUGUUGCCGCCGCCGUUGCAUUUGCCUGUAAUUAUGUUUACACUUAUCUCAAUUACCAGCCUAAACCUUUCUGCGAUAGCAAUUCCGACCUCGACGACUCUUUCUACGACUUCUGUGAGCCUUGUCCACUUAAUGGAGUAUGUCAUGAAGGCAAACUAGAGUGUGCUCAUGGCUACCGGAGGCUUGGGAACUUAUGUGUUGAAGAUUCAAAUAUAAACGCAGCAGCUAAAAAGCUUUCAAAGUUAGUAGAAGGUUUUCUUUGUGAAGAAUAUGCUCAAUAUUCAUGCACCGGCACUGGCACUGUUUGGGUUCAAGGUAACCAAUUGUGGGAAAAAGUGAACGAAUCUAAAAUAAUGGAUGCAUUUGGAUUGAACGGGGCUGUUUAUGCUCAUGCCAUGAAAAGAGCCAUGGAGACACUUCGCGAGGUUUUAGAGACUAGGCUGAACGAUCAUGGAAUUGAAGAGUUGAAGUGUCCAGAUUUGCUGGUCCCACAUUAUACACCAGUUUCCUGUCGCAUCCAGCAGUGGAUUCUGGCGAAUGCUUUGUUAUUGGUUCCAUCUUGUGCAUUGCUCCUGGGAUGCGUUUUCAUAUUGUUAAAACUCCGUCGGAGGUACUACUUGUCAGUAAAAGCUGAACAGAUAUAUAAUGAGGCUUGUGAUGUACUUGAAGAGAAGGCAGUGAGUGCAAGAAGUAUGACCGGCGAGCGUGAACCUUGGGUGGUGGCAUCACUGUUACGUGAUCAUCUUCUUUCACCCAAGGAAAGAAAGGAUCCAAUGUUAUGGAAAAAGGUUGAGCAGUUGGUUCAAGAAGAUUCUCGGCUAGAGAGAUACCCUAAAAUGGUCAAAGGUGAAUGUAAGGUGGUCUGGGAAUGGCAAGUUGAGGGUUCUUUUUUAAGCUCUUCGGGCAAGAGGAAGAAGGCCAAAGAAAGCAGGCUAACAUCAGGUCAACAUACAGAUCCCUCCCCUCAGCAAAGAAAAUGGCCAUGGAAGGCCAAGGAUCCUGUGAAAUGCUGAGCUUUCAACCUACACUGUUGUAUGCGUGUUUUUAGAUUGCUGUAUGGUACUUUUUAUCUGGGCAAAAAGCAUUUCCGGUGUUAUGCUCUUGCGCCCGUGGUACACAUCUCACGGUAGCCUUGUAAAUCUAAUUAUUUGUCUGGUGUUAAAGCACAUUAGUCUGCAACAGGAAACACAACAAUUUUGAUAAUAGAAUUCAUGUGUAAGUUUGAUGUUC